GAGAUGAGAUGGUGGCGAGUGAUCUUGGAUGAGGCUCAUGCGAUCAAGAACAGGAAGACAAGAAGCCACAAGGCUUGUCUGCAGCUCAUGGCGACAAAUCGCUGGUGUCUCACCGCAACGCCCUUGCAGAACGACGUCGAUGACAUCCAAUCUCUCCUGCAGUUUCUUCGCGUUGAGCCUCUCGAUACUUAUUCCACAUGGCUGCAGCAUGUCAAAAAGUGA